GAUGACGUGGGCGGGCGUGCGCGUUGACGACCCGCGUCUCUGUUAGUCAGCGGAGCGGCCGAGGCCGGACAUCGCGGCCGGAACGCGGAGCCGCGAGCAGGGCUGAGUAGCGGCCGCGGCCACCGCGGGACGGCGCCGCUCACCGCUGCGGGCUUCCCGGUCGCCGUUGGCUGCAUUGCCGGCCUCGGUGAAUAUUUGGAUGAAGCCAUUAAACUAAUUGCUUGUCAUCAUGAGCAGAAGCAAGCGUGACAACAAUUUUUAUAGUGUAGAGAUUGGAGAUUCUACAUUCACAGUCCUAAAACGAUAUCAGAAUUUAAAACCUAUAGGCUCAGGAGCUCAAGGAAUAGUGUGUGCAGCUUAUGAUGCCAUUCUCGAAAGAAAUGUUGCAAUCAAGAAGCUCAGCCGGCCAUUUCAGAAUCAGACUCAUGCUAAGCGAGCCUACCGAGAACUAGUUCUUAUGAAAUGUGUUAAUCACAAAAAUAUAAUUGGCCUUUUGAAUGUUUUCACACCACAGAAAUCCCUAGAAGAAUUUCAAGAUGUUUACAUAGUCAUGGAGCUCAUGGAUGCAAAUCUUUGCCAAGUGAUUCAGAUGGAGUUAGAUCAUGAAAGAAUGUCCUACCUUCUCUAUCAAAUGCUGUGUGGAAUCAAGCACCUUCACUCUGCUGGAAUUAUUCACCGGGACUUAAAGCCUAGUAAUAUAGUAGUCAAAUCAGACUGCACUUUGAAGAUUCUUGAUUUUGGACUGGCGAGAACUGCAGGAACAAGUUUUAUGAUGACUCCUUAUGUUGUGACUCGAUACUACAGAGCGCCAGAGGUCAUUCUCGGCAUGGGCUACAAGGAGAACGUUGACAUUUGGUCAGUUGGGUGCAUCAUGGGAGAAAUGAUCAAAGGUGGUGUUUUGUUCCCAGGUACAGAUCAUAUUGAUCAGUGGAAUAAAGUUAUUGAACAGCUCGGAACACCGUGUCCUGAAUUCAUGAAGAAACUACAACCAACAGUAAGGACUUACGUUGAAAACAGACCUAAGUAUGCUGGCUAUAGCUUUGAGAAACUAUUCCCAGAUGUGCUUUUCCCAGCUGACUCGGAGCAUAACAAGCUUAAAGCCAGUCAGGCAAGGGAUUUGUUAUCCAAAAUGCUAGUAAUAGAUGCAUCCAAAAGGAUCUCAGUAGAUGAAGCUCUCCAGCACCCAUACAUCAACGUCUGGUAUGACCCUUCGGAAGCAGAAGCUCCACCACCAAAGAUCCCUGACAAGCAGUUAGAUGAGAGGGAGCACACAAUAGAAGAGUGGAAAGAACUGAUAUACAAGGAGGUGAUGGACUUGGAGGAGCGAACCAAGAAUGGAGUCAUAAGAGGACAGCCAUCUCCUUUAGGUGCAGCAGUGAUCAGCGGCUCUCAGCACCCGUCGUCUUCGCCAUCUGUCAAUGAGGUGUCUUCCAUGUCCACAGAUCCGACUCUGGCCUCGGAUACAGACAGCAGUCUCGAAGCAUCAGCUGGACCUCUGGGCUGCUGUAGAUGACUACUUGGGCCUUGGGGGGGUGGGAGGGAUGGGGAAUUGGUUAGUCAUUGAUAGAACUGCUUUAAAAACAAUUCAGUGGUCAUAUUUUUGAGUGAUUUUUCAGAAAAUGUAGAAUUCAUUUUGUAGUAAAGUAGUUUAUUUUUUUUAAUUUCAAGUGUUGUAAUUUAAAACCUAAGUUGUGUUUUUAAACAGCAACAAAACUGUAUUGUAUUUUUGCUGUAAUUAACUGUAUAAUGUAAACCUAAUUAUUUUAUCAUGGUUUAAAUUUUUUGCAUAUUUGCUUUAUCUUAUGCUGCUGAUUUUUUUUACUGAAUUUGUAAGAUUUUGUUUAUCAAAGCAACUAUUAUGUGGUGACUUGCAUAUAUCAUGAAUUAUUUAAGAUGUUUAUAAGUUUUUUAUUAGAAUUUAUUUCAGAUGUUUGUUCAUGAUGCUAUCCUUAAGGGUUAUGUGCUUAUCAAUGAAAUAACCCCAGAGGAGUAAGGGAAAAUAACCUGUAGCCAGUUAUAUUCAGGAAUAACUACUGUAAAUGAUGAACGUGUCAGGAAACCUCCACUGUUUGCUACUGGCCAAUCCCAGUUUAGUUACAACAAUUAGUAGGCAACCUUACCUAAAUUUUGGCAAAUGCCCUGCCAUCUAGAUAGUGGAAUAACUCAGAGCAUGUCUUUAAAGAUGCUGAGCACAUCCUUCUACCUUUCGGAGCUCCCCACCCCAACCCAACAGAAACUCAAAUCAAGAAAUGUGGUGUAUUCUGAACAUUGUGGCAUGUUCAAAGCCUUUGAUCGUAUACAGUCAAGAGGAUACUUCAUGAAUAUACAUUUCAAUGCAAAUCAACAGAUGGUUCCCUUGUACUAGCUAUGAGCCUGCUUCUGUAUACACUGAGUUAAUCUCAGGCUAUAGGUCCUGGCAUUGGUCAAGAGUCUGGACUUCCCUUUUAUACAGCUUCUGGCCUCUGGACCUUUCCCAGUUCCUGUUCCUUGGAGGGUCAAUCUGUUGAGCACCAGUUUGUGGUGUUUCUGGCCAUUUUGAUUCUACCUGUAGCAUAAUCCUAUUUUUACUAGCUGUCAGGAGGUUCCAAAGCCUACUUAAAUUUGUGUAGGUGAUGUUUAAAUGAGCAAUAUACCGUUCAUCUGAAAAUAGUAGCACACAGCCAUAUGUAGGAUGUCAUUUUCUAAGGACUGUUUCUUCACAGUGAGCAGAGCAGGCAUAGUGGUGGUUCUUUAGUCUGAGUCUUUGAUUUUUUUAUACCUGAUUUCAAAUAUAAUACGCAGUGUGGACAUUGAGUAGUGUAAGAAUGGUGCUGCUCCUGACAAGUGUGUGUUAACUGUUUACAUUUUAUAUCUACAGAAUCCUUUCUCUGUAACUGAAUUUUUCCUAAGUAAAAUGUCAUCAAGGUCUCAUUAUUUCUGAAAUGAUGUCUGUAAUGCCCAGGCACCUUUGGUAUUGUCUGGAACAAGAGGGAUUUCAUGUAAUGAACUGGGAAAUGCAUACUUCGUGAGCUGCGUGGUUGUAGAGAGAAGCCCCCUUGGAGCUCACAGCCAACAGGAGUAAGAACAGGCACAGCUCAGCAAAUUUCUGAAAGUUUGCUUAGCCUUUUUUUUUUUUUCCCCCUGUAUAUUUAGUGUAGAAUUACUUUCAAGUAAGGUAUUUUUGGUCAUUGUUAAUGUGCAAUACUUAAGAUUAAGAUACAUUAACCUUUUUUUUGAUACUUUGAAAUAGAGCAAGUUAGUUAAUCAUGAUUUCUAGUCUCCUACCUUUUAGCGAUUCCUUUUCUCUACAUGUAACAUGGUGCAUUAAUUUUAUUAGGCAAGUAUGAAUUUGAGACUGUUAUGCCUCUUGGGCUGUAGAAGUCGAAGAUUGGAGUCAGGAUUUUAGCAGAAAUUGGAGCAUGAGUGUUCUUAUUUUAUAUUAGUUUUACAGCUAACUCAUUUUGUUUUCCCUAGGAUAAAUGUGUCACUAUUGCACUUUAACAGCUGACAUGCUUCAUUAGUUCUCUGUAGUUUAUAUUUGAUUGCUGAGAAGCCGUCUUUCUUGAUGCAGAUUUUGGUUAAGUAAGAAAUAACAGUUGUUCUGAUUGUACAUUUGUUGUAAUUGCCAGCUCCCACUUGCCAGCCAUCAUGUUUCAGUUGAAUUAAAAGAAAACAAGCUUUCAAUGCUUAAUGUAAACUAAAAUACUUAACAAAAUUAUACCCUGAAAGUAAGGUCUGUUUGUUAAAUGUGUGUGCCCCAGCUUUUUAAGAUCCAUUGUUUACACAACUCCCCCUCUUUGUUUAAACCUGUUAACAUAAAUCAUAUUGGUACUUUUAGAGUCUUAAAGCAUCUUAAGUAUUUUUUUAAGAACUUACAAAUAACAUUUCCGUCUAGCAGUACUUGUUAAGCCACCCUAUAAUUUGACUUUUCAAUUAUAUAUGCUUAAGCUUGUUGUCUUACUGUCCAAAAGUUGUUUAACUGAGAAUUAGCAUUCAACUUCAUAGGUUAGGAAAGAGACACUGCUUCUUCCUACAUGUCUUCCUGGUUACAGUUCUCUUACCCCAAGAUAUAUUGACCAUCUGUAAGAUGACCAUGUUGUUGGGAUUGCUUGUUAUAAAUAGAGCAUCUCAACUCUUGUGCUA